AUGUCUGAUGUUGGUGGCAGCGAUACUCCCACCAGCAACAAAAGUAUCGAUAGCGAUUCAUCAGAUGUUCAGCAGACAGCGACGACACCAAGGCAUCAGUCAUUCGUUCAUAAUACGGCUUGUGAACACAACCAUAAUGAUGUACAGUUAAAUUCGGGGAGCAGACAUGAUCUCAACGAAGAUUCACCUCUGCCCUUGAAAGAUAAUAAUAUAAAUGUCAAUGAUAAUACCAACGUCGACAGAAGUGAUGAAAACCCCUUUUUUCCAACAACACUUCCAAUGGAUCACCAACGUGAACAAGAAGGACAAUGUAAUUGGAGCGAACGAAAACCUUUCUCCCUGGAUAUACAAUCACAGCCUGAUCAAGGUAACAGGGUGGAACCAAACUUAAAUGAAACAUCAAAAGCAUGGGAAAGUAGCGCAGCUACUCUGAGAAUAAAUGAGCCUAACCCCUUCGAAGGCCACUACAUACCACAACAAGGCGGUAGUACCACAGUGUUGCCUAUGCAGACCAUAAAUGAGGCAAGGCCACGAGAAUUUAGACGGAAAUCUGUCGAAUUUUCUACCAACGAAGACAACAGAGGUUCGGAAGUGGGAAAUAGACCAAAUUAUCACCACAAAAGGAGACGAAGUUCAGCAUCAUCUGAUAACUCUUUGGGAUUGGACAGUUCUUUCACAACGUCAUCAAAGAAAACGACAUGUUCUCUCCGGUGCUGGGUGUUGUGCCCACUCGUGUUUAUUCUGGUGGUGGUUGGCGGUUUGACGCUGGGAUUGACAAUAUUGUUUUCGCUCCGUAACUCUCAAAAAAUAAUUUCACCACUGCAAGCUCUGCUGGUGACCAACACGGAAUCUUCUGUAGGUCAAUUGUCAUUCUCGAAGAUGAUGCAGAUGGCACGUGGAACGGGGAGCCUGUAUUUCUCGAACAACACCUCCGUGAAUCCCCUCACAGACAAACUGAUGCCACUUGAGAAUGGAAUGAUGUCGCGUCUAUGUGCUCUUUUGCGCGAUAUUGAUCCCGAAAAUGUAGUAUAUGCUAUGAGUGCUGUGUCCUUGACAAGGAAACAAGCAGCAUCGUGUGCGUAUUUUCACCUACGAGAUGGUUCAUAUUUUGGAACAACAAGCAAAAACGGUUUAAUUGAUGACUUCUACCAUAUUGACCCGCUUACAUUGGAGUAUGCAAUCCCCCUAGAGCCCUAUAGGGUCUAUGCUGAACCAAUAACUAUUGAACAAUACACUGCUCGUCACGGUUUUGACCAGGUGGUCAAUAUUUUUAAUGAGUCACUUCAAAAGGGUGAGAUGAUGAAUGCGUCACAGUAUUGGGUUACCCCGCCUAGACCUCCAACAUAUCAAGAGUAUGUUUAUCCGUUUUUGGAGUCGUACGAAGAUGGUACUACUGGGGUUGGCUACUUGGCUUUGUCUAUGUUUACUAACAAUAUGCCAAGCAUGGACGUGUACAAAGCAAACGAAACUGGCAUUCGUGUGAUGCUUGUGGAGCCCAACGCCACAGCAGAACGAUUCCUUGUUUUGGGGAACAAUUGGGGUCAACCACUCUCUAAUGUCACGAACGUUUGGUUUUCUUAUGUAAAGGGUGACCCAAUCAGAUUUAUGUACACUGACGAUGUGACUGAUCCCGCGAUGCGUGAGGGACUAAAACACAUUAACCUGCGUGACGCCAUGAGUGUUGGUCGGAAUGUGGGAACACGAUAUUGGUACGGCGGCUAUGAUGCACGUAUCACGGCUAAAUAUGUUGUCACUGAGAGUGGUGUGGAGUUGGUACUUGUGGUUGUUGUCGACCGCAGCUAUUAUUUUGGGCCCAUGGUAACUUUGCGUGAUGUUACCUUUGUUAUCGAAGCCGCUAUAUUGCUAUUGGUGACCGUUAUUUGUAUUAUAUUUCUGGAGUGCUGUAUGGUUCGCCCUCUCCGCGCAAAUCGGUCCAAGCUGAAGAUGGCCCUCAGUGGCACAUCUGUGACAACCACAAAACAGCGCGGUGUUGUUUUGCGUGAGGUGCGAGAGCUGGAGGAUGUGUGUGACACGUUGCGUCGUCGUCUCAACAACAUCCGGACGUACCUGCCGGAUCGUGUUCUUGCGGAGGCUGAGGGGGUAGUGAGUCAGGCAUCGCUUAGAUACGGUUUGGAUUCAUCACGCUUGCGUGCACAGUCCUCUGAUGAACUUAAGCAAGUGAUGUGCAGCAUUGCGUACGUGUACUACACCCCACGCAGAAGCCGCAACCCCAGCGAUGUGGUGGUUGAAAUGAUGAUGCAGAUGGUUGUUUGUGCUUCCUCUGAGUGCGAUGGGUGUCUUGAAGUGCAGCGGCCUGACUACUGUGUGGUGAGCUUUGGGGUGCAGGGAAAAGGUGGUGAGCUUGCAGCUGAGGCAUCGCGGGCAGUGGAGUUUGCGCGGCGGCUGCGUGCGGAACUGGCGGAGUGCGCUGAGCUGGAUGGGCUGUACCGCGUGAUUGUGGAGUCUGGUGCGUUCUUGAGUGGUGUCGUCAGCGGUGGUGGCCGCAGUCAAUUUGUGCUGCUUGGCCGCAACCUACAUCACCGGAUUGGUGGCUUCCUACCGCAGACGGGGGUGGUGUCUGCAGUAACUGAGGAGACGGCACUACUGGUGCGUGGACGCUUUCGGUUGCUACCCUUCGAGACUGUGUACCUUGAUGCGGAUGGCGAUGCGCACGUGAAGCUGCACGAGGUGCUUGAUGGGGACGCAAGCACAGCAGCGUGGGAGGACUAUGAGCGCUGCUACGCCGAGGCGUACGAUGGGAUGGUGCGUGGCGACUACCAGGUUGCGUUGUGUUGCUGGGACAGAGCGAAGACGGUGGAGCAGAGUUCCCUUGCGAGCGAGGGGCCGUCUUGCAGAUCCUCGCAGUGUGAA